AUGACCUAUCGAUUGGGACAUCAUUCAACAUCUGAUGAUUCGACUACGUACAGAUCGGCGGACGAGGUGCAGAAAUGGGGUUCUGGCGACCAUCCGAUCGAACGAUUCAAGGCCUAUUUGAUGGAGAAGGGAUGGUGGACCGAGCAGUGGGACAACGAAUGGGCGCUACAGGUUCGCGAGCGUGUGCUGACGGCGUUCGCCGCAUCCGAGAAAAUCCAGCGUGCCCCCUACCACGAAAUGUUCGAGGGAGUCUACGAUAAGCUGCCGGCCCCUCUUCGUCGCCAGCGCCAGGAGCUCGACGACCAUCUCGCCGAAUUCGGGACGCACUACCCGCUGGAUCGCCAUCUCAAGAAGAAU